CUUAGACGCGUAAACAUCGCAUCAGAAAAACGCGUGGAAUCAUAUCUUAUCUUUUAUAUAUAUAUAUAUAUAUAGUGUGUUCGCUUGUUUUACAUAAACCAUUCUACGAAGCACUUUUUGUUUUCUCUCGAUCUCUUCUCGACACACAUUGGUGUAUAACUCAGUAAACAUGGGAGGUGGAAAGGACAAGGACAAACAUGAUGAACAUGAUAAAGGUCUUUUUGGGCAUGGGUAUGGUCAUGGUGUCCCUGGAUACCCUCCAGGACAAUACCCUCCAGCACCUGGGUCAUACCCACCACAGGGAUACCCUCCAGCAGGCUAUCCACCUGGUGCUUAUCCUCCAUCUGGCUAUCCUCCUGGUGCUCCUAGUGGUUACCCACCAGCCGGGUAUCCUGGUCCCUCUGCACCACACCAUUCAGGACAUGGUGGCGUAGGGGCAAUGAUUGCUGGGGGUGCUGCUGCAGCAGCUGCUGCUUAUGGUGCACACCAUCUGUCGCAUGGUGCACAUCCCGGUGGUCACUUUGGAUAUGGUUCACACAAGCCUGGCAAGUUCAAGCAUCACGGAGGCAAGUUCAAGCACCAUGGUGGUGGUAAGUUCAAGCAUGGGAAGCAUGGGAAGCAUGGAAAACAUGGAAUGUUUGGAGGGAAGUUCAAGAAAUGGAAGUGAAAAAGCAUGUAUAACUAACUUUGCACUCGCAGAUUCAAGUUUCUUUGAAUAAACAGUGCAUUUGAUAAUGCCUGACAGAAUUUUUUUAAUCGGCUGUGUAUGCUGAAGUUUUUGUUAGGUGAUCAUAAUAUAUUCAUUUGGUGGCUUCUAAUUUGUA